CGGAACCGGAAGUGCGGCGAAUCAUAACUUCCACACAUGUGUGGGGGAGAAAGAUGCCUCAUUGCUUAUAGUCAAAUUAUAUUCUAAUAAAAGGUCGACAUAAAUAACUCUAAUUCAACUAAACAAAAGUCGGACCUGAACCCGUUACGUGUGCGCGGACAAGAUGGCGGAGAUCGUUCAGCAUCGCAUCGAGGAGAGAAUCCCUGAGCUGGAGCAGCUGGAGAGAGUGGGACUGUUCACCAAGAAAGAAGUCAAAUCCAUAAUCAAGAGAGCCACAGCUCUGGAAUACAAGCUCCACAGGCUGAUUGUAAACAAAGACGACUUCAUUGCAUACAUCCAGUAUGAAAUCAACAUUUUAGAGCUCGUUAAGAAGAGAAGAGCGCACAUACAUUACCAGUUCAAAAGAGAGGAGAUUGAGUACCCCAUCAUCCAUAGAAUAAACAGUGUCUUCAGAAGAGCAACAAAAAAAUGGAAGGAUGAUGUGCAGCUGUGGCUCUCACAUGUUGCUUUCUGUAAGAAAUGGGCCACCAAAGGCCAGAUCAGUAAGGUGUUCUCAGCCAUGCUUGCUAUACACCCCGACAAACCAGCCCUGUGGAUCAUGGCAGCCAAGAGUGAGCUGGAGGAUAGAAGUUCCUCUGAAAGUGCCAGACACCUGUUUCUGAGGGCUCUGCGCUUCCACCCAAACAACAAGAAAGUCUACCAGGAGUAUUUUCGUAUGGAGCUGCUGCAUUGUGAGAAACUGAGGAAGCAGAGGGAGGAGCUGGAGAAAGCCGAGAUGGACCUGGGGGAAUAUGAGUUUUCUCCAGAGAUCCUGAGUGGCAAACUGGCUGAGGUUGUGUACAGAGAUGCUACAGGGAAAAUCAAAGAGGCCGAGUUUGUCGUCUCACUUUUGAACAUAGCAGCUAUCUUUGACUUCACCAAAGAACUCCAGGACUUCAUCCUGCAAGACCUACAGGCGAACUACACAGAAGACAGCUUGACGUGGGAUUUCAUGGCUAAGAGGGAGCUGGAGGCUCCGGGGGCAGGGGAGGAGCUGCACACAGCCAAAGGCCGGGCCUCAGAUAUCAACCGCAGAGAGGAGCGCUGCUGCCAGGUGUAUGAGGAGGGAGUCAAGAGCCUUGACACGGAGCCCAUGUGGACUUGCUAUGCAGCCUUCUGCCUGGAAAGGCUGAAGAGGAAGACCAACGUCCAAGAGCUGAAGGAAAAGAGGCAGGAGAGGCUGCUGGGAGUGCUGCAGCGCGCCCACGACUCCUCACUGCUGAAGGAGGAUUAUUAUAAGAACUGGUUGCAGACCCUGCUCUCAUCCGGAGAUACUGAGGGAGCGGCCAGCGUUGCUAUGGCAGCAACGCAGCGCUACAGCCAAUCAGUAUCAGUGUGGAGCCUGAGUCUGCAGACACUGAUGCAGCUGGGGAGUGAAGACGUGGGCAGGCUAUUCCAGGAGGCUCUCACACACGUUAGUCCCAAGGAGAGUCUACCACUUUGGCAGCUGCAGAUCCAGUGGAGCGUGGCCAACCAGAGUCCGGAAGAGACGGAAGCUGUCUUCAAGAGAGGUCUGAUGUCUGCAGUAGCGGCUGUUGCCAUGGAGAUGAAAGAGAGCUUCCUUGAUUGGUCGUACUGCACCGGAGGCUACAAGAAAGCUAGAAGGACCUUUACAAGCUUACAGGAAAACCGUCCCUUGUCCAAGGCCUUUUUCACCAAAAUGAUUGAGAUCGAGAAGGAACAGGAGACUCUGAAGAUGAACAAUCUAAGGGACUACUAUGAGAGGGCCCUGCAGGAGUUUGGUACCUCAGACGAUGAUCUGUGGCUGCAGUACAUCCAGGAGGAGCUGGGACCCCUCGGACAGCCAGAGAACUGUGGCAAGAUUCACUGGAGAGCCAUGAAGUUUCUGGAGGGGGAGAGCGUGGAGAGGUUCACUUCCAAGUAUACUCUGAUUCAGACUGGCCACUUAUGAAGGAUCCGGGUAGUGUAGAUCGAGGCCUUUAAGUUUAGAUAACGACAGCCAGUGUUCAACAGCUGAGUAGAGGUUUAUCAGCUGAAUAAGCAGCACAUGUUUCAGAGCAGGUGUUCAUCUUGGUCUUGUUGAAGUCUGGUGCUGUGCCCAUCCAUGAAUUGCCGGUAUUGCAGUUUCUGAAGUUUGCGGUCCAUCAGGAAAAGGCCUGUCGAUUCUUCUUCAAAGGUUUCAGCGGUGUUGGAGGAAAUGUUCUUGAUUGAGCCACCUCUGAUGUUUGCAGUUUCAAGCCGUCAUAUUUUACAGCUGUAAUUCACAACUUUUUAUUUUCAGUUACAGCAGUUCGUGCUGCAUUUGAUACCAGACUGAUUUUGGGAACAUGUAUUGUAAGGAUGUCCAAUUUGAUUGAAUUCCACAUUUAUUUGUCAAACUUUGAUGCUGUUAUAAUAUUAAAACAUUCUUUCAUUC